GCCUCUGAGCCGCGGAGGAUUGUGGGAGGAGGUUGUCUCCAAUUUCUCCUCCCCCGCCCCCCCCCCCCGUCCCAGCCAAGAUGUCUGACAUGGAGGAUGAUUUCAUGUGCGAUGAUGAGGAGGACUACGACCUGGAAUACUCUGAAGAUAGUAACUCUGAGCCAAAUGUGGAUUUGGAAAAUCAGUACUAUAAUUCCAAAGCAUUAAAAGAAGACGACCCAAAAGCAGCAUUAAGCAGUUUCCAAAAGGUUUUGGAACUUGAAGGUGAAAAAGGAGAAUGGGGAUUUAAAGCACUGAAACAAAUGAUUAAGAUUAACUUCAAGUUGACAAACUUUCCAGAAAUGAUGAACAGAUAUAAACAACUAUUGACCUAUAUUCGGAGUGCGGUCACAAGAAAUUAUUCUGAAAAAUCCAUUAAUUCUAUUCUUGAUUAUAUCUCCACUUCUAAGCAGAAUUCUGAUUUUUUAUGUCAGAUGGAUUUACUGCAGGAAUUCUAUGAAACAACACUGGAAGCUUUGAAAGAUGCUAAGAAUGACAGGCUGUGGUUUAAGACAAAUACAAAGCUGGGGAAAUUAUAUUUAGAACGAGAGGAAUAUGGAAAGCUUCAAAAAAUUUUACGCCAGUUACAUCAGUCCUGCCAGACUGAUGAUGGAGAAGAUGACCUGAAAAAAGGCACACAGUUAUUAGAAAUAUAUGCUUUGGAAAUUCAAAUGUACACGGCACAGAAAAAUAACAAAAAACUUAAAGCACUCUAUGAACAGUCACUUCACAUCAAGUCUGCCAUCCCUCAUCCACUGAUCAUGGGAGUCAUCAGAGAAUGUGGUGGUAAAAUGCACUUGAGAGAAGGUGAAUUUGAAAAGGCACACACUGAUUUUUUUGAAGCCUUCAAGAAUUAUGAUGAAUCGGGAAGUCCAAGACGAACCACUUGCUUAAAAUAUUUGGUCUUAGCAAAUAUGCUAAUGAAAUCGGGAAUAAAUCCAUUUGACUCACAGGAGGCCAAACCUUACAAAAAUGAUCCAGAAAUUCUAGCAAUGACGAAUUUAGUAAGUGCCUAUCAGAAUAAUGACAUCACUGAAUUUGAAAAGAUUCUAAAAACGAAUCACAGCAACAUCAUGGAUGAUCCUUUCAUAAGGGAACACAUUGAAGAGCUUUUGCGAAACAUCAGAACACAAGUGCUUAUAAAAUUAAUUAAGCCUUACACAAGAAUACAUAUUCCUUUUAUUUCUAAGGAGUUAAACAUAGAUGUAGCUGAUGUGGAGAGCUUGCUGGUGCAGUGCAUAUUGGAUAACACUAUUCAUGGCCGAAUUGAUCAAGUCAACCAACUCCUUGAAUUGGAUCAUCAGAAGAGGGGUGGUGCCCGAUAUACUGCACUAGAUAAAUGGACCAACCAACUAAAUUCUCUCAACCAGGCUGUAGUCAGUAAACUGGCUUAACAGAGAACAAGCUUUUACAGACAUACUUAAGUGCAGAGAUGUAACCCUUAAAAGAACUGGGAAUGGCAAAACUACUGUCGGUUGAUGUGUCCCGAAAAUUAUUGGAGUUAUGGCAGAAGUGCUUUUUUUGAUCAACUGGUUUGUGUUUUGCUGCUGCAUUUAUCCCAAGAAAAACAGCUUUAAUCUCCAGAAGAAAACCAAAAUGCCGUGGGAUUUAUGCUGUAUUGACAUCUUGCCCUAAAACAUACAACAUCAUAGUAAUUUGUCAUGGGCAACAUGACCAGAGAGAAGAUUUUUGUCAUGAUUUUAAAUACACUGACACGCUACUGUUGGUUAAAUUUAAACAUGUUUUACCUGCAGAAAUUCUCUCACAAAUAACCUGCAAUAACUUGAAAUGCAUACCCUUUUGAACACUUCCUUUUCUCAUGUAUAAAUUAAAAUGUUUGCUGCAUUUUGCAAAAUGUCAGUUCUCCAAAAAUGUGUCCGUAUAUUUCUGUACCUGCAGUGUAGUAAAGGUUUAGAUGAAACCCCAUAAUUAUAGUGGCAUACUGUCACUUAGGUUUCAAGCAGCAAAAUAAACAGUGCAGCUCAGAAAUUGUAGUUUGGUUCUUGAUGCGUUUUUAUUACAUGUGGGGUUUUGUUUUGUUUUUUAGUACCUUAGAAAUGUCAAAUUAUUUUUCUUCAGUUAAUGUUAAAAAGCCUGGGAGCAAAUAAGUCAGUUAUUUGCUUUCAAGUUUUUAAAGAGAAUUAGUUUCUAACAAAACAUUUGCAUAGUACUUAACUUUGAAAGUGAUACUUUAAAGGAAUAAAAUCCUUUUUUUUUUUUAAGAAUGAUACUCCUUUUUAAACGAUUCUAACUCUCAGAAUGUUCACUUUAAACAAAUACGCCAGAAUAUAGACAGCUAAAUGAAUGUUACCCUGCAUCGUGAUCAUGCUGGAAAAUUGUUUCCUAAUUCCAGCAAUCUACCGUUGCUCAAAACCUUUUGGGUUUUGCUCUUUUACAAUUGCAUUCAGAGCUAAUUUAAGUCACACACACUAUUAACUUUAUGAUUGCAUAUUGUUAAAAAAAAAAAAAAAAGUAUUACCCAACUUGAUUGUUUUAUAGUUACCAUUUUUGGGCACCAAAUGUCUUUUGACUGUUUCCAAAAAUUAAAUCAAUCUAUGAGGUAAUAGUAGGAAGUAUGCAACUGUCUUUGAAGGCGAUCGCAAAAGAGUUUUAAAGGUAUUUUGAGCAGUGGUAGCAUAGUUAGGAGAAUGAACUGUGGCCUUCCAAGGUGACUACCUUAAAGGAGACGCAGCUCAUUUGAAUGUAUUGAGUUUUGGAUGUAUUCGUUUCAUUUAAGAAAACAAAGUUCACAUUAUUUUAUAGAGUCGAAAGGAAGAACUAAGAUUAAGAUAAUUUGUUUGGUUUUUCUAUUGCUUGUUAUUUUGUAAAAAGAAGUGAGUGAUAGUUCAGAAGGAAGGCUGUUGUAACUGAAGAAUGACAACCAAGAAUUUUUGAUCAUUAAAUCAGAUUUUAUAAACAGUGGAAGGAGCAUGGACUUAAAAACAAGGCAGGCUUAUUUGGUUUUGUCAAAAUUUUACGAAAAUAUGUGAUAUAUAUUUAUACUAAAACUAUAUAAUCCUUAGAUAUAGGAGAGCAAUCAGUUAAUGUCUUUAGCAGAUUAAAGCAGUAUUAAAUACAGGUGCAACUUGAAAAUGUAGAAAACUGAAAGAAAAUGAAAGACAAAAUUAAUGUCUCUGGUAGGGAAUAAAAAAGUUUAAGAUAUUAUAAAAUUAUGUGUAUUUUUUUCUCUUCUGCAUAAAUCAUUUGUGAAAAAUGUGCUAAAUUUUUUUUACAGGAGUAGUAAUAAUUAGGAUUUAUUUUUCAACAUAAUUUAGAGACUCUUGUUACCCAAAUAAAAAUGACAAGUUUCUGUGCCUAUAUUCAACUAUGUAUGCAUGUGAUAUAACUGGAAAAAGGUUUUGCUUAUAUUCGAAUUGAUGGAAUUAGAAUUCAAGGGAUUUGAAUGACGUGAUUUAACUCUUACUCUCCAACUCAACAUGCCCAGUUCUCCUGUGGUAUCUUUGCUGUGUGCAGUAGUGCACCUUCCAGUUUCUAGGGAAAGCAUGCACUUGUUAUUUUUUGAGAAGCUAGGCUUAGUGUCUAACAACAUCCAAACUUAUACCAUAAUCUUCAAUUUGUUGUAAUUGUAUGUAUCGCAUGGGCUUUGUUUAAUAGUCCCUAGAUAUGGGUUUGUUCUAUUUUUAAAGUCAUUUGCCACAUUUGUUCUUGAACACAGAUUUUUGAUAAAUCCUAACAGCCUGGUGAACUUAAAAAUAUUAGGGUUUUUUUUUCCCCCUUUGAACAUUUUCUGUGUUUUUUGCAUCAAACCUUUUAGAGGUGAACUCCUAGAGAUUGCUUACCAAAAUAUAACUAAAUUUAAGAAAAGUUAAAAAAUGAUUGGCAAAUUCUUGGCAUUUAAAUUGCUCGUUAAAUCUUGCCCUCUUUUGUGAGAACUGUAGUAACAAGUAGUUUACACCAUAUUUCUUUUUACCCUAAACCUGGAUAAACUCACUUCACAGUAAUCUUUGGCUGCCACAAAUAGAUACUAUCUGUUGCAAGAACUGGAUUUCCAUUACUCAUUCUAGCUCUUACACUAAUUUUUAAGCUGUUGAGUAAAUAUUUUUCUCCACAUCUUACGUAACAUAACUUUUUUUGUUCUUUAAGUUGAGAUGAGAUGUGUAUGUGUGUACUAAGAAUUGCUUUCGUUACAGGAGUCCCUUCUAACUAAAGGUUGGUAGUGUAGCCUUCAAGACUACUAAGGAUCUGAUUUCACAUGAGGGUAUAGUUUUAGUGAAGCCUGUUUUAAAUGGGCUACACUGUGGGCAGUGCAGCCCACACUUUUUUAUUACCUUAUAAUUAGAUACCAGUUUGUCUCUGACUGAGAAACAGCUGCUCUUUAUAUUUAAUAUAUCCAUGAUAGUAAAAAUUUUUAAAGGGAUUUUCUUUUUUAAUCAGUAGUCUUUAUAAUUCUUCAGUAAACUCAGGUAAGUACACUUUUCUUUUCGGUUGUGCUUGGGAGUGAAGGUGUCCAGUUAGCAUAUGAAGCAGAUUAUGCUGGUAUAGAACACCAGUUUACUCAAGGAUAAAAAGGUAUUUGCCUAGUGUUUCCCUCUUACAUUAUUUAAGGGACUCAGAGAUACUCUAAACAUUUAUUUACCAAGCCUGCUUUUUAAAAAUAAUAGUAUUUUAGUACUGCUUUAAAUAAAACUGACAAGUUUUCAUUUCAUUUAGGUCAUUAAAGCAAAACUUGAGCAUGCAAAUCUCUAGUAAAGCUAGCAGUUUCAUUCUUUAUAUGGGAUUUAUUCAUCUUUUAUAUAGGAUUUAUAACAUUUCGAAGGAGAUAAACAUCAUUUUGAACUGACAUAUGUAACAAAAAAUAAAGAAGGAAUUGGCUUUUGGGGUUUUUUUGUUUUGUUUUUGUUUUGAGAUAUAAUCGACAUAGAACAUUUUAAGGAAUUGACUUUUAACUAUUUUGUUUCAAAGUGUUAAUACUAUCCAGGGACUUAGAACAAGAGCCUGGCUGUCAGGUCCCAGAGCUUGAAGCCCAAGGAGUUUCCCUUCCUUUUUUUUUUGGAGUUUUACUUGUUUUUGUUGUCUUUGUAUUAGGUUUUCUUCCCCCCUCCCCCUCCUCCUCCCCAGGCAGUAUCCUGUAUUUGUUUUGAUAUAAUUAUAAAUAGGAAUAAUUUAUAAGAACUUUCUUAAUGUAGGCAUACCAGAGAGUCUUAACUUUCUAAAUGUAAGUAUAUCAGGCUCUGUUUAACUCAAGAUUAUUAAAUUUUACUACGUAUCUUCUAGCUAGUGUGUGCCCUUAAUGGCAUGGGUUAAGCAGUGGUUGAAAAAUUGUGUGUACUUCACUUGGAAUCACUAGAUGAGAUUUGAAAAGGUUUAACUUUAGGAAUUUCAAGGCAAGUUAAAAUAGUAAUGCUGUUAGGAUAAUUUAUGUUUAUUGAUAGUAGGCACCACAAAACAACUGUGUCAGUAAUUCUAAAUAUUCCUCAAAAAGUUAAAAUUUAGUAUCACUCAGUUUGCUUUUGAAUCUUGAAAAUAUUUGUUUAACUUAGGUAAUGUCCCAGAAGAAGCCAAUGUGUGGUUCUCUAAAUUUUUACUUCUUUAGUGUCAUGUGUUAUUUUUAAACCUGCUGGAAUAAUUAAAAACCAGUCUUAUGACAUCAAAGGUAGAUGCCAACUCUACCUUAAAACCCUGUGAUAGGCAAGAAAAAAAUUGUUUCUUAAAUACUUAUCUUACUGUUUGGGGCCAACUUUGUUUCUCCUUGGCCAGGAUUUUACAUUGUAAACUCGGUUAGAAUAACCACACUAAUGGCUGGCAAGUACUAUUUUUUGUAGGCACGUGUGUGCGUGUGUGUGUGUGUGUAUACAUACUUGUGGGAGUACAAAAUUUACUCCCCAGUCCAUCACAGUAAUUUUUUUUUCCAGUUUCCAUUAAUAUCAUUUGUUUCCUACUCAGGUAUAUGUCAUUGAAAGAAUUGCCAGUGUACCAGUAACUUCUAUGUUUGACUUAGGUUUUGUGUGGAAGACAGUGUCCAGAUAUAAUCCAGAGGUAUUAGGUUGGUUUUUUGUGUUUGUUUUUUAAGUCUGAAAUAGGGCAUUUUUAAAUCAGUGGAUAAAAGUUGGGUUUUUGGACAAUAUUUAUCCUAUGAGUUUAUGGAGUUAAAGUAAUCUAGAAGUUUUAAUCAUCCCAUAAAUUUGUCAAAAGUUUGCAUGCUUACUGUAUUAGUAACAUAUUAAUGCUGUGUUGAAUACCUAAUUUUUGUUAAAAUGUUUGCCUAUCUCCUACUAUUUAGUAAAAUACUAAGUUUUUAUGCAUCUAUUUUAAAUAACACUGAGGUUAAUUAAAAUAAAUUUUCAACUGUACGUCAACAAAGAAAUGGAAUGAUGUUAUGAAAAAUGCAAAGUUGUUUGAUUUUGCAAUUCGUUACAUAGUUUACAUUAUGAGUUUUCUCAAUUUUCUUUUUCUUAAGCUAGUGUUAAAAAUGACAUAAAUUCCUUGAGCUCACUAACUAGGUGGUAGGAAGCGUGGCAGGGGAUGUCUACCUGAAAUUGGAAGUCCCACAAAUUAAUACUUGAGAAUCAAGUGAUAUGUGCAGGGUGAGUCACAAGAUGCUUUAAGACUUAGGUACUCAACGGCUUUUGACUGGAAGUACACAUUCUUUAUCAGUAAUAAAAAUUACAUAAUCUACCUCUUAAACAUUUACUGUGUAAAUAUUAAUCUCAAUUAGCACAAGACCAGCACAAUGGCUUUAAAUAGUACACUUUAUAUAUUUGAUCAAAUAAUUCAAUGUAUACUUUAAUAAAAUAGCUUUUGAAUAUUUUAAGUAUGUUUCUCAGAAAACAGUACUGAAAGUCUUACUCAUUUGGUUUGGAAAUCAGGGUUUAAAUAUUUUCCACUUUUAAGAUUACCUUGUUCUGCUUUGCAGCAUUCACGGAGGAGUUGGCCUCUCCUGAACCCUGUUUAAUGGUCUGUUAUGGAACAAUUCAUGUUGCAAGCAAAUGUCUCAGGAAUUAAGCCUUCAGUAUAAAAUUAAACAUUUCUAAGCAGGUUAAUGGCCUUCAACCGAAGAAGGGUUACCUAUCUUGGACCUUUUAAAAGCCUCUCACUGUUGUGGCCUCUCCCAUCGCGGAGCACAGGCUCUGGACGCGCAGGCUCAGCGGCCAUCACAGGCCCAGCCGCUCUGCGGCAUGUGGGAUCUUCCCAGACUGGGGCUCGAACCCGUGUCCUCUGCAUCAGCAGGCAGACUCUCAACCACUGCACCACAAGGGAAGCCCUCUUUUCAUUUUUUUUGCUUUAUUCUGUUCCACAGUAGUGAAUUCCACCAUUCUGUCUUCGAGGUCACUUAUCCAUUCUUCUUCCUCAGUUAUUCUGCUAUUGGUUCCUUCUACCUUUUUUUUCAUUUCAGUUAUUGUAUUGUUCAUCUCUGUUUGUUUGUUCUUUAAUUCUUCUAGGUCUUUGUUAAACAUUUCUUGCAUCUUCUUGAUCCUUUGCCUCCAUUCUUUUUCCAAGGUCCUGGAUCAUCUUCACUAUCAUUAUUCUGAAUUCUUUUUCUGGAAGGUUGCUUAUCUCCGCUUCGUUUAGUUGUUUUUCUGGGGUUUUAUCUUGUUCCUUCAUCUGGUAUAUAGCCCUCUGCUUUUUCAUCUUGUCUAUCUUUCUGUGAAUGUGGUUUUUGUUCCACAGGCUGCAGGAUUGUAGUUCUUGCUUCUGCUGUCUGCCCUCUGGUGUAUGAGGCUAGCUAAGAGCUGUUCUAUGGUUUUUAUUGUGUCUUUCCCUCCCAGUUUUAUUGAGAUAAAUUGACACAUAACAUUGCAUUCAUUUAGAGUGUACAGCAUAAUUAUUUGACGUGUUUAUUGCAACAUCAAAGUGAUUACCACAAUGAGGUUAGUUAACAUCCGUCACCUCACAGUUAUAAUUUUUUUCUUCUGCUAAGCACUUUUAAAAUCUACUUUCUUAGUAACUUUCAAAUAUACAAUACAGUAUUAACUACACCAUGCUGUACUUACAUCCCCAGAACUUAGUCAGCUUGUAACUGGAAGUUUGUAGCUUUUGAGUACAUUCACCCUUUUUUUUUUCUGUUGAGGAGUUAGCUGUCAAUCUAAUUGUUUUGCCUCCAAAGAUUAUUCGUCAUUUUUUUCUUUGGCUGCUUUUACAAGUUCUGUUUGUCUUUGGUUUUGUACAGCUUUACUAUGUUUCUAGAUGUGGACUUAUAAAAUUUUAUUCUGCUUGGCAUUUGUUGGGUCUCUUGAACAUGUAGAUUCACAUCUUUCACCAAUUUUAGCAGAAUAUCAGCCCUUGUCUCCUCAAGUGUUUCUUCUGCCCUGUUUUCUUUUUCUUUUCCUUCUGAGACUUCAAAUAAACAUGUUAGACUAUCUCAUUUAUAUCUCCCAUCCUAAUUUUAAUGUUUUCUCCUUCCCCUCUUCUUUUUUUGCCCUUUGAGUUCUUUUGCCCAUUCUCCAAGGGUUUUGUUCUUUCUUCAACUGUAUGUAAUUUGCUGUUAAACCUAUUGUAGUGAGUUGAAUAGUAUCCUCCUAAAAUUCAUGUACACAUAGACUGCAAAAUGUGAUUUUUUUUUUUAAGCAGGGUGUUUGCAGAUGUAAAUUGUUAAAGAUCUCAACAUGAAAACAUCUUAGAUUUAGGAUAGGCCCUAAACUCAAUAACUUGGGUCUUUAUAAGAGAAAGGAGAGGAACAUUUGGACACAGAGACAUGUAAGGAAGAAGGCAAUGUAAAGACAGGAAGACAUUGGAAUUAUGCUCCCACACACCAAGGAAUGCCAGUAGCUACCAGAAGCUAGGAGAAAGGCAAGGAGGAAUUUUCACCUAAAGCCUUUGGAGAAAGUGUGGCUCUGACAAUACCUUGAUUUGGGACUUCUGGCUCCAGAACUGUGAGAGAAUAAAUUUCUGUUGUUGUAAACCACCAAGUUUGUGAUAAUUUGUAAUGGCAGUCCUAAGAAAUUAAUACACUCAUUAAUUGUUAUUCUCCAAUCCUGUGAGCUAAUUCAUCAGCUGAUCAAUACAUAACCUCAUUUUAUGUUUCUGUUUAAAGACACCUUACUUAAGACAUUAUUGAUAUAUUAACACUGAAUUCAGCCAAAAACACUAACUCAUGCCUGAGCAAAGUUUAUCUAACAUAGUUUCUCCACAAGUCUCAUUAGAACCUUCUUGCACUUAGGAACACUGGACAGUCCUUCAGCAUUGUGCUGGGGUGCCAUUUUAAACAGUGAAGUCAUCAACAAAAAGCACAAAAAUAUGAAAAACAUGGCUCUAAAUAUACCUUGAAGAGGACACUUAUUUUCAGUAUGAGAACUAAAACAAGAAGAGAGAGUGUCACCUCCUGUAACCUCAGCUGGGAAUGUCCACCCUAUUGACUCAAUUUUUCAUCACUCUGCACAACAUGCAUGUCCACAAAUGACCAUGAAAGCAUUGGGAGUAUUGAUUUUCAAGUUACAAAUAAAUUUUAGCAAGUAGGUAAAUUCGCAAAUAUGAACUGCCAAUAAAUGAGAAUCAGCUGUAGACUUAAAUCCAGGAAUGCUUUAAUCUUCAAUUAAGGAAAUUAAGGUGAUGAGAGAUUUUGUAUAACUUUAAAUAUAAAGCCAUAGUACUCUAUAUAGGGCAGCAGUCCCCAAGCUUUUUGGCAGCAGAGACUGGUUUCGUGGAAGACAGUUUUUCCACGGAUGGCUGGGGGAGGUGGAUAGUUGAGGCGAUAAUGCGAACAGUGGUUCAGGCGGUAAUGCGAGCAAUGGCGAGUGGCAGAUGAAGCUUCACUCAGUUGCCCACCACUCACCUCCUGCUGUGCGGCCAGGUUCCUAACAGGCUGCAGACUGGUACUGCUCCACAGACCAGGGGUUGGGGGCCCCCUGGUAUAGGGUACUCGGUAUAGAGUUUGAAUACUAGUCAUUGCAGAGGAUGGCCUAACAUUCUCAGCAAGUUAGCUAGACUUACUGUGGUCCCUCACAGCCAGCUAGUCCCAGCUGCCUAAAGCUCCCAUUGUAAUGCAUCUUCCACAUUAUGCUGUCCAGACCCAAGUAAAAGGACAUCUCAUUCUUCCUCUACUUGUUUCUCUCCCUUCCUUGAUAGGUUAUUCCCUUACCCCACCCUCCUUUUCUUUAGCACCAGCUUUCCCUUGUGUCCUGACUCUCCAGUGGCACAGGCUUGGGUUCUGCCAUCCCCACUCACUGCCAUUGUUGCUUAUCUGCUUAUAGUACGGUGGGAGUGGGGGGAAGCUGAGUACAUAACCCGGCUUGGAACACCUAUUUUCAGAAUAGUAAAAAAUGAACUAAUACAAACAGUUCAGUCACCUUAGCAUGAGUCUUCUCUCUUGUUUUUUCUCCAGAUACAUGUUGAUAAUGUAUGUUUUGUACUUGUGCAAGGGACAGAAUCCAGCUAGUUUCCUCUUUCCUGUGACUUUGAAUCACUAUAUUUAAGGGUUUGGUUUUUAUAGUGUUACUAUCUGGGAAAUCAGGCACAGUGGAAUAGAUUAUAAGAUGGUUUGGAGGGAAUUCCCUGGUGGUCCAGUAGUUGGGACUCUGCACUUUCACUGCCAAGGGCAUGGGUUCAAUCCCUGGUUGGGGAACUAAGAUCCCACAAUCAGUCAGUUAAUCAAUAAAAAAAAAAAUGGUUUUGGAAAAUGCAGAGAGGUUCAUUUGAGACCUACAGGUCCACAGUGACAGAAUAGAUAUUUUUGCUAUUUUCUUUUGAAUUUCCUUUACAGAAACUCUAGUCCUCAUUCAGCCCAAAGACUCUGUCCUGUAACAUAAAAGCAGGGAGUUCAUUUUGGCCACGUGGUCUUUCGGUUAAGCUCAACAAAAUGAAGCUUCGUCCUCCAUAAAUUCCUCUCACACUAUCCGUAUAUAGGCUCACUCACUAUCCAUAGAGCAAUUAAAAAUUAUUACCAUGUGAGUCGAAGAGCUACAAAUUUCUGCAUCAUUUUAUUUUGUAUAUUUACUGAAGACACCUGCAGAGAAGAUUAUGAUCUAUCUGCCUGCCUUAGAAGGCCUGUGUCAAAAAAUUGGCAUUUUGUCAUGCCUUCACUAAGACUCCCCCAUUUUGGAAGGUUUUUCCUUAAGCUCUGAACACUUAUUCUUAUCUUAAUUAGGGCUUGUCUGCCGUACAAUUCAGGGUCUUUUAGGAGGGCUAUUUGUGACUAUAUUCUCUAGGUUAGGUUACAUAUUGCUAUACCCCCAUAUCAAGAAACUUCUUACCAGAAAAUUUUAAAUUUUCAUUAGUUAAAUGUCCAUCUUUGUACACAAAUGCAGGGAAAGUUGGUUCUAAGAAGUUAUCUGAGGGGAGGAAGAGGAGUGGGCUGGGAAUUGGGGGUUGGUAGAUGGUAGAUGCAAACUAUUAUGUUUAGAAUGGAUAAACUACAAGGUCCUGUUGUAUAGCACAGGGAACUAUGUCCAAUCUCCUGGGAUAAACCAUACUGGAAAAGAAUAUUUUAAACUUUUUUUUCUCGGUACGCGGGCCUCUCACUGUUGUGGCCUCUCCCGUUGCGGAGCACAGGCUCCGGACACGCAGACUCAGCGGCCAUGGCUCACGGGCCCAGCCGCUCCGCGGCAUGUGGGAUCUUCCCGGACCGGGGCACGAACCCGUGUCCCCUGCAUCAGCAGGCGGACUCUCAACCACUGCGCCACCAGGGAAGCCCAAAAAGAAUAUUUUAAAAAGCAUGUCUCUAUGUGUAUAACUGAGUCACUUUGCUGUGCAGCAGAGCUUGGCACAAUGUUGUAAAUCAACUAUGAUUCAAUAAAAAAUAUUUUAAUAUAAGUAUUCUAAAAAAUAGUUGUUUGGCUUUUCUGUCAUAAUAUCUAAGAGAUCAGGUGAGGGUGCUGGAUAAAAAGCAAAGUACCUAGCCAGUGCAGGGACAGGGGACCCAUUCCCCUUAUGGUACAGUUACAGCCCUUAGAAUCAUUAUUCUGACUCAAUGAAGGAAAAAUGUUGAGCAGAAUUGGGUGAGGCAGCAAAGUUGAUGGACAACUAGGGAGGACAACCAGGUGGUGAUCCCUGUCAACAAGAAGUGUGGCUGGCACCUAUGAGUCAGAAGAAUUUCUUCUGGAUUUAGCCCCAUUGUGUUCCCUCAUUUUAGUGAAAAUGCUGCAGCUCAGCCCCCACGUUUACCUGGGAGUAACCCUGGGAGUGCUUGGUGGUAAUUCUCAAUGGGAACUUGUUUUCAACAUGAAUUAGGCUGUAAGUAACUGCCAUGAAAUUAUCAUAAUUAUGUGUGUGCAUAUACACACACAUUUGUUUUAUUUAUCUUUAUGUUUGUCUUUUAUCUUGAGAGACAAUUUCAGAUGACAAUUUUUUAUCCCUUCUCCCGAAAAUAUAACUGGGGCAUAAAGACCUACUUUUAAUCUGUACGUGUAAAGUUUUUUUCUGUAUGCAUUUUCAUAUGGCUUAGAAAAUCAUUCUGCAAAUACUACAUGCUCAUUGUUUAAAAAUUAAGCUCAGGAGUGUACAUGGGUAUAUAAUGAAAAGUAAAAGAAUCCUGACUUUAGAUAAAUCACUAUCAACACAUUAUUGUCUGCCCUUCCAGAAAUUAUCUGUACAUAUAAAGGCAUAUAAUUUUUGAGUAAAUGGGAUCCAAUUAAAUGUUCUUCCACUUCCUUUUUUAGCAAUGUGUAUACUUUAAGCUGAUGUUAAAAGGCACAGCAAGACACUUUCCACUCUGCUAUAGUACAUUUCACAACAAUAUAUUAUUCUCUUUUGUUCUUGACUAUAACAUAAAGUGCCUGUAAAGUGACCUUUUGUUUUGAUAUGUAUGGCAGGAACACAAGAGUUUUACAAUAAACAAUAUCUCACAAUAAUGACUCAUUAUUUGGAGAAAAAAAUAAUCCAGCAAAUAUCUUGGGAAAUGUCAUCAUGCAUCUGGUGGUCAGCAAACUUGGAGUGGGAUUCCUGUCCAGUUCUACUGCAUUCCAUAUUCGGUCUCACAAAGAAUGGGAUUGUGAGAAAACUCAUUUUACUAGUGGGAUGUUUGAUGAAAAUUUUUUUUACUAAGAUACUUCCACCAUUCUCAAGACCUAUAAGCUAGUUAGAUCUUUUCUUUUUAAAUAAGCUCUACAGAAAGCUUAAUUCUUAUUAACACUGCAAAUGUUUUCUUCUGGAUUUUAAAAAAACAACUUCCACCAGUUAAUUAUUUUAAUACCUACUGUGUGCCAAGUUAUGCCAGAUAUUUGUGUACAUUUUUUCACUUAAUCCUCACAGCAACUGUUCUUUUCCAGGUUCCUUUCAGUUAAUGAGACAGAGGCCCAUGAAGGCUAAAUAAAAUGUUCAAGGUCUCACUGCUAAGUGGGGAUGCUGAGAUUUAAAGCCAGGUCAGUCUGGCUGGUUUUGUGCUACCUAAUGUGUACUCUUAAGCAAGACCUGUCCCUUCUCUUCCUACCUGUUGCCCUUGUACUACUGGCGCACCCCAGUCAGCACAUCUGUGGUGCUAGCUUAAACAGGGUAUUAACUCUUUUGCCUUUUAUUUGGUUCCUUUGACUUUCCCUUUUAGAAAGCCCUGUCCUCACUCAGCCCAGACCACUCUAAUAGAAGAGGGACCAGCAGAUAUUGCCCAUUAAAGUGAAAGCAGGGAGUUCACACUGGCCAGGUGGCCUCUUUGUGAAACCUGAAAAAGACAGUCCUUCAAGUCUGUGUGCCACUUAUGCCUAUUUAUGACACACUGGUUUUCAGUUUGACAUAUAUCCAUGGAGUCGUGGAAAAUGUGUGUAACUUGGUUUCUAGAACAGAUUGAAGAGAAAAUCAUCACAUGUGGUCAUGAAUCCUCUCCUGGGCUUUAGGAAUUUUGACCCUACCCUGUUAACUGUCACACUCUUGACUUUUCUUCCAUCUACCCUAUAUAUAUAUAUAUAUAUAUAUACACACACACACACACACACACACACAUAUAAAACUUUCUAGGAGACAUGGUCCCUGACUACACCCAACUCCCUAUCCCACUUCCCUGCUUCAUUUUUCCAUUGCCACCAUUUAACAGACUAUUUUACUUAUUUUUGCUUAUUGUCAUGUCUUCCUAAAAAUGUAAACUCUCUGAGUGCAAGAAUUUUGUCUACUUUGUUCGUCACUAUACCGCCAGUAACUAGAACAGUGCCUGACACAUAGUAAGAGCUCAACAAAAAAUAAUUUCCAGAGCCUCUGCCUCCUUUUCCUAACUUUUCUAGUUCAUUAUCCCAACCCCCACUACUGUCACCGCAAUCUGUUGAGUCCUCAGUUGUACUCUGUUUCAUAUGUGUUUAGUUUUAUCUUCCCAGCCAAGUUGUACAUUUCUUGAGGGCAAAGACAACAUAGGAUUUCUUCUUUAUAAUAUAUAGCACCUAGCAGAGUGUUGGGCAUGUAAUCAACAUUUGUUAGAUUCUUGAUGAUUAUAUUCUAUCUACAGUGAACCAGAGUCUUUCAAGGUAAGGGUGCCUAUUGGAUAACCAUAAAAGUCUUCCAAAGGGCCCAGGCAACUGGGUGAAAGGUAUCCUUCCUUUGUGAAUUCUCAAAUGCUUUGUAAUAGAAGUUUCCAUAGCUCAGAAAACCAGGUAAAGAGUUCAUUGUUUACUGGGAGCUUAAGGAAAGAAGGAGGCUGCAUAGGAAUCUUCAAUAAUUUCUAAGACGAUGUCCUGGGGCAAUACAAGUAUGGUUAUAACUUUUAUACUACUAUCCGCACCUGCUAGAUCAGCUGAGAAGAGGAUGGAUGAGCCAGAUCCAGGUGCACAUCUAAAUCUGAAAGCUGGACUUUAAAUCCUUGGGUGGAGUUUAUAAAAGUUAAUGUAGCCACUUUGGAAAACAGUCUGACAGUUUCUCAAAAAGUUAAACAUAAAGCUACCAUGUGACCCAACAUUUCACUUCUAGGUAUCUACCCAAGAGAACUGAAAACAUAUGUCCACAUAAAGACUUGCGCGUGAAUGCUCAUAGGAGCAUUAUUCAUAAUCACCUCAAGCUGGAAACAAUCUAAAUGUCCAUCAGUUGAUGAAUAAACACAAAAUGUGGUUCAGUUAUACAAUGGAAAACUGAGCAAGAAAAGGGAACAAACUGAUACAUGCUGCAUGGAUGAACCUUGAAAACAUCAUGCUAAGUGAAAGGGCUCAAACAUAAGACCACAUAUUGUAUGAUUCCUUUUACAUGGCAAGUCCAGGGAAGGCAAAUUUAUAGAGACAAAAUAAAUUAGUGGUUGCUUAGGGCAGAGAAUGGAAAGGAGCAUUACCUGUAAUGGGCAUGAAGGGUCUUAUCAGGGUGAUGAAAAUGUUCUGAAAGCAGAGUUACGGUGAUGAUUGUGCCAUUUGGUAAAGUUACUAAAAAUCAUUGAAUUGUAUACUUGCAAUGAGUAAAUUUUAUGAUAUGUAAAGUAUACUUCAUUAAGUUAUCUUUUAAAAGUUAAUGUACCUUUUUCUGAUUGUAAAGGGAAUACAUACUCAUUAUAAAAAGUAUAGAAAAACAUAGAAAAGAAAAUAAUCAGUAUCAAGAGAUAACAUUUUGCUUAUUUCCUUGUGUGUAUGAUUUACAUAAUUGAGAUUAUUCUUUAUAUGUCAUUUUAAGCCCUAAUUUUCUGAUCAAACAUAAGCAUUUAAUCUCAUCAUUAAAGUAGCUGAGUAAUAUUUCAUCAUGGAGGUUUAUCAUAAUUCAUUCAACUACCCUCCACUGCUGGAUAUUUCAAUUUUAUAAAUAACAUGUGCUAAGUAUCUUUGUACCCAGAAAAUUACUAAAGCUUAUUUUUCAAUCUAGUUUAUCCCCUUUUCUUAGUAUCUAUCUUACAACUCUUGAAUUUGACCUUUGAAAUAUGGACUUCUUUAUCUUAAUUUGGAGAAGAGAGCCCUGCUUAAGCACAGAGAUUCACUCAUGAUUUCAAAAUAGGGCAUAGGUAAAAAAAAAAAAAAAAAAAAUAGGGCAUAGGUGAUGAAGCUGUUCAGCUGGGCCUACUUGUUUGUGAGAGAGAACAAAGCAGGUGUCAGGUCCUGGGAUCUGCACCCAGAGAGUGAGGAUUCCAGUGCAGCAAGAGGUCUGCAGCAAGCCCAAGAGCCCCAGCCCUGUAUUCCCUGGCGGUCCAGUGGUUAGGACUCCGAGCUUCCACUGCAGGGGACACGGGUUCGAUCUCUGGUUGGGGAACUAAGAUCCCACAUGCCACUCAGCACGGCCAAAAAAAUAAAUAAAUAAAACACACACACACACACACACACACACACACACACACACACACACACACACACACAUAAAUAAAUAAAUAAAUAAAAGCAGUGCUUUUCCCCUGACCAUACAAGAAAGAAAAGUAAUACAGUUUCACUAAUACAUACAUACAUAGAUACUUAAAGAAAUACAUAUAUGGGGCUUCCCUGGUGGCGCAGUGGUUGAGAGUCCGCCUGCCGAUGCAGGGGACGCAGGUUCAUGCCCCGGUCCGGGAGGAUCCCACAUGCCGCGGAGCAGCUGGGCCCGUGAGCCAUGGCCGCUGAGCCUGCGCGUCCAGAGCCUGUGCCCCGCAACGGGAGAGGCCACAACAGUGAGAGGCCCACGUGCCGCAAAAAAAAAAAAGAGAAAUACAUAUAUGAAUAAUUAUAAUUUAAAAAUACAAAGAAGUGAAAUUCUAAAAUCCUUCCAUCUAGGGCAUUCAGAUACUUGUAUAUUUAUUUUUUUAAUUUAUUAAUUUUCAUAUAUAUUCAUUUUUUAAAUUUAUUUAUUUUCUUUAUUUUUUUGGCUGCGUCGGGUCUUAGUUGCAGCAUUCAGGAUCUUUUGUCGUGGCCCAUGGGCUUUUCUCUACUUGUGGUGUGCAGGUUUUCUCUCUCUAGCUGUGGUGCGCAGGCUCCAGAGGGUGUGGGCUCUGUAGUUUACUGCACGCAGGCUCUCUGGUUGAGGCGCACGAGCUCAGUAGCUGUGGCAGGCGGGCUAACUUGUCCCGCGGCAUGUGGGAUCUUAGUUCCCCUACCAGAGAUUCAACCUGCGCCCCCUGCAUUGGAAGGCGGAUUCUUUACCACUGGACCACCAGGGAAGUCCUUAUAUUUGUAUAUUCAAAACAAGCAAAUAAAAUAGAAAUUCUGUAGUAUAUUUAACUGCUCUCUUUUUCAUCUGUUAUAUUGUUAUAUAUAUAAAUGAUUAUAUAUAAUGAGAUAUACUAUGGCUAGGUCUUUGACAUUUUGUAAAAAGAAUUCUCUCCUGUGUCUUAGUUCUUUAUCCUGUGGUAUUAGAGUAUUCCUGACUUUAUUCCCAUGUACCAUCACUUUAAAUUUUAAAAUUUGCAGGCAUGUGUCCAAUCUACAUGAAUAUGCAGUGUUUUAAAUUAUAGGCUGAGGAUUUAGCAAAUUUCUUAAAUUGGAAUUUAAGAAAAUCUUCAGCAUUUCUUAAGUCAUAUCCUAUUCAGUGUCCUAUUUUCAGUCUUUUUUUUCCAGAGAGAAAAAUUCCCCAGAGUUAUGCAGCAUUCCAGAGCAUGGUCCUUUUUAUUUAAUUAUUUUGGAAGAUGAAAAGCUUUUUCAUAGCACCCCCACAAAAUCCGUUAUACCAAAGCACCACGCAGCCACACAGCGCAUUGAGCCCAACACAGUGCCCGCGACUGUGGCUCUCCUCCUCAGCUUCUUGUCUCUUCAUCCUUCAGGCCUGCCGCUUUGUAUACGUGGUCUCUUCUGAACACAGCUUUAACACUAACAUCCCCGGUACCCAGACAUGUCUCCCUGAACCUGUCUCAGUGUGUUGGGGAGUUGUUCCUUCAGCACCAGUACCCAACCAUAGAAGACAGAAUAUAAAGUCUUCCUCAAUCCCACAUGAACUGUGUCAGUCGUGAGAUGGUAAGAGGGGCCAUGUUAGCAAAUACCUGCCAACUAUUCUGAAGCCAAAGCCAUUCGUUCUGAUAAUGACUUCUAGAAAUAUAACUGACUUAAAUUAUUUUUUUGAUUUGGAGUUGAUUUACAAUGUUGUGUUAGUUUCUGCUGUACAGCAAAGUGAAUCAGUUAUACAUAUACAUAUACCCACUCCUUUUUAGAUUCUAUUCCCAUAUAGGUCAUUAUGGAGUACUGAGAAGAGUUCCCUGUGCUAUACAGUAGGUCCUUCUUAGUUAUCUAUUUUAUAUAUAGUAGUGUGUAUAUGUCAAUCCCAAUCUCCCAGUCUAUCCCUCCCCCACCUUCCCCCUGGUAACCGUAAGUUUGUUUUCUACAUCUGUGACUCUGUUUUGUAAAUAAGUUCACUUGUACCCUUUUUUUAGAUUCCACAUAUAAGGGAUAUCAUAUGAUAUUUGUCUUUCUCUGAUAACUGACUUAAACUUAAUAACUACAUUCAGCAAGUGAUUUCACUCAGAUACCUACCCAGGUAUACCUUUGACAAACAACUUAAUCCAGAAGGUAUCGCUGAAACUUAGAUUCUCUGUGAGUGUUUAUUUGUUUUUAUGUUUGUGAGAGUUGUUUUUACGUUUGCUUUCGUGAUUUUAGUGAAACUUUUAAAAAUGUUCUCACCGGUGUUACUUCAGCUGUGCUGCCCUGACAUAGAAUGUUAGGGCUUAGAUUAUCGAAUUGUCCCAGUGUUGACCGAGUGUGAUCCCUGCUGUCACUUUCUCACAUCUGUCUGAAGUGUCACCCUCCUGGGCAGGUCUGAGUGGCUGUGUUUCACCUGAAGAAAAGACCAGUUUCUUUCUCACAGAUUCUGUGAAUCAUGUUACUGACCAGGUCUCUUCCCUGCCAGAAAGACCAAAUCCAUGUGUAGGGCCCACCUCCAGCAAGUAUGUCAGACUUCAAGGCAUGUUCACCCAUCUCAUGGCGGGCCUUGUUUUUUUCACUAUGUCUCUGUUACAACUCUGUCAUGAGCUUUUUAUAUAUUUUUGCGAGCCGCCUAAAAUUCUCUCUGGAGGUGUAAGUCGAUAACUAAUUUUAAAUCAAUUUAUCAUUCCAUACUGCAUAGAAAGAGUUCUAACUGAACUCAUUUUAAAGAAACAUUCUUCUUCAGGGACAUUUAUUUAAAAGUUAUGGUGCUCCAGGAAGAGAGAUGUCGAAGCUGCCACCCAAACCGGUCAAACCAGGGUACGUUAAAGUGUUCAGAGCUCUUUAUACGUUUUGAACCCAAACUCCAGAUGAAUUGUACUUUGAAGAAGGUGAUAUUAUCUACGUUACUGACAUGAGUGAUACCAUUUGGUGAAAGGCACCUCCAAAGGCAGGACGGGACUGAUCCCAAGCAACUAUGUGGCUGAGCAGGUAGAAUCCAUUGACAAUCCAUUCCAUGAAGCUGCAAAAAGAGGCAACUUGAGCUGGUUGAGAGAGUGCUUGGACAACCGAGUCGGUGUUAAUGGCUUGGACAAAGCUGGAAGCACUGCCCUGUACUGAGCUUGUCAUGGGGCGUCACAGAGAUACAGUGGAAAUGCUAUUUACUCAACCAAACAUUGAACUGAACCAACAAAACAAGUCGGGAGACACAGCUUUGCAUGCUGCUGCCUGGAAGGGUUAUGCAGAUGUUGUCCAGUUGCUUCUGGCAAAAGUUGCUAGAACAGACUUAAGAAACAAUGAGAAGAAGCUGGGCCUGGACAUGGCUACUAAUGCUACCUGUGCCUCUCUCCUGAAAAAGCAACGGGGAAUAGAUGCAGUCCGAACAUUAAGCAAUGCCGAGGACUAUCUUGAUGAUGAAGAAUCAGAUUAAUUCCUUUCUGGAGCUUUGAGAUCUAAAACUUCUGUUGCUUUUGCCAUUUCAAAACAUUGUCUUUGCCAGAAGAGUGUUGGUAACUGUAAAAAAAAAAAAAAAAAAAAAAGACAGUCUAUAUGAACGUGGCAGUUGCACUGUUUGAAUAAAACAUGUAAAUGAAUAGGUCUCACCUUCAGUUUGCCAAUAAGUGACUGGAUAUUUUGCUGUAUAAAGUACAUUUUUGUUCACCAGAGUAGAACAAGAAGAGAUUAUUUCUAUUUAUCAAGCUUAGAGGAAUUUUAAGAAUUUUUUCUUUUAAAAAAAUCGGGAUUUUCUUUUUUUUUUUAAAGUUCUUUACCUCAAGGAUUGAGAUAUUUUGAAUGGAUUUUUCAAGGGGGGAAGACUUAUUAUCAUAAUAAACCAAAAGACUUAAUAGAAAAUCGUCAGCUAUUCUGACAAAAAUAAACAUUUUAAGAGACUUUAUUUCCUUUGUUUUGUGGUAUCACUCUUUGCUGGUAAAUAAAUAAAGCUUUUUAUAUUUA